UCCAAAUCCAUCAGACUGACAAGAGGCUGCCACUUGCUGAAAAUAACAUGCAAGGAUAUCAGUGAUGGACUGCACUACAAAGAAGGAACAUGUUACUUUUAUUUUAAACUAAGUGGGUGUUUUUAAGGGCCCCAAGUAACAAUGGGAAGGAUGGCGGCUCAGCUGCUUCUGCUCCUGCUAAUUUCCACAGGACAAGUUUAUGCAGUGUCUUUCUAUGGCAACAGCUCCAUCCGUCUGCAGACAGUGGAAACAUCUUUUCAAACCUCGCUCCGCCUCCAGUUUAAAACUUCUCGUCAGCAAGGCCUAUUGUUUUUGGCGGCGGGGCCCAGUGACUUCUUGCUGUUGGAACUGACCUCUGGAUGCCUCCAGGUACGCGUUGACCUCGGCUCAGGUGAGCGAUCCCUGCGCUCAGAAAGGGGCGCCAGCCUCAGUGAUCUGAUGUGGCACUCUGUCGACGUCACUCACAACCAUCAUCGUGUCUCAAUGACCGUGGACAGAAGUUCUCACACGAGAGUCCACAUGCCAGGAACAGAUGUGGAGCUCAGUGUGGACACCCUUUUUGUCGGCGGUGCACUGGGACUCAAUCAUCCUCAAAUUGUUAACGUGUCCAGUGGAUUUAGAGGUUGCUUAGAUGAAGCUGUUUUCAAUGAACUCAAUCUUCUGUCCAGUUUGAGGCCUUAUGCCAACUAUGAAAGCGUCCAUGAGGUGUCUCUGGGGUGCAGUCAUCUGUUUUCUGCAACAGAACACGAUGCCGUCCACUUUUUCAGCUCCAAAGCAUUCAUCUCUCUGCCACCAUGGGAGUCCGAACAGGAAGUUGUAUUUGAAUGUGAGCUGCACCCGUCUGGGAACGAAGAUGACGGUUUAGUUCUGUAUAGUGCUGCUCUUCAGGGAGGUGUUGUAUUAGAGAUAAGAGGUGGGCACCUGGUCGCAGUAGUUGGAACUGGAGAGGGGAGUAAGACCGAGUUGUACUCGGAUAUAAAACUCCACGGCAACCACACGUGGUAUCCAAUCCGACUACACAUACUACCCCACGCCGUACAACUUAAGAUAGGUGAAGAGUUUCGACAGGCCAGUCUAAGUCCAGCAUUGCACCUCCUGCAACUCAGAGGGCCUCUCUUUCUGGGGGGAUUAGAAGACCAAACCUGGAGUGACGCAAGUCGAGCUGGACUUGGAAAGCUGAUUGGCCGCGGAGUUUCUUUUAGAGGCUGCCUCCGAGAAAUUAAAGUCAACGCUCAAAGAACCGGCCUCCCUCAUGUGAGCAUCUCCAGGGACAUCACUGCAGGCUGUGCGAUGGGACAAACAUCGGAUACCGUGUCUGACACCAGAGCAAGGCAUUAUGCUGAGUUAGAUACUCUGAAGGCACGAGAGAUAAGUGAUACAAAUGACUCCAACGUCCUGUUUCUGAGAAGCCUCGAGGUAGCAGAGGGAAGCUGGGCACCAUUGGAACCCAAGCAUAUAAAUGUGAAUUUGGAUUUCGCACAAUUGGGCUUGCAUCCAUCUGAGUUCAUGUUCCGUGUUGAGGAACAGGCAGUUCAUGGCCACCUGCAGCUUGACCCCAGUCCUGAAGAUCUCAAAGGGGGAGCUGCCCCAGUCCAGGGAAAGGAGACAGACCUGAUUUUUAGCAUGCUUGACCUCUGGCUGGGCCGAGUGAUAUACGUUCACAGCGGCUCAGAGGUUCUGCAUGACUACUUUUUGUUCUCCAUCUUCUCAAGCCACAACAAGGAACUUCCUGUGCAUCUGCGGCAACAUCAACUCUACCAAUUUGACAUCAGCAUCAGUCCGGUUAAUGAUGCGCCCAUGCUUAGCCUGCCGCAGGGAAAUGUUUUUAUUCUUCUUCAAAAUACCACUAGGCAGCUAACAAGAGACUUGCUGAAUGUAUCAGACCCUGAUAGCGGUAAAGCUGACUUGGUCUUCAGCUCCAUGGGAAACUUCAACGAGGCCGGACAUCUUGAACACAAAGAUCACCCCAGCAGGGCUAUUAAAGUUUUCUCCCUGCAUGAUCUGGAAGAGGGUAAAAUUAGCUUUGUCCACACUGGGGUCUCGACCUCCAGAAUGGCACUUAGGGUCAGCGAUGGUCAGAAGUUCAGCACCACGGUCGUUUUGAGGAUUCUUGCCGUGGAGCUUGAGCACAAGCUAGUGAACAACACCGGACUGGAAAUGAAUCAGGGCGAAGCGUCACUCAUCACCAUCAAUCAUCUUGCAGUGCAAGUUAAUGUUGCUGAUCAGCCUUUGGAAAUUCUGUAUAAUAUCACAGAGCUGCCUCAAUAUGGGGAGAUCCAAAAUUUACACUCAAGUGGUGAAUGGAAAACAACAACAUCCUUCUCUCAGAAACUUUUAGAAAAAGAACAAAUCAGGUACCUCAGUACUUACCGUGGCCUCCAGACUCAGAAUAUCACGGACCAAUUCCGAUGCAAAGUCAGCAUUGGUUCUUUGGCAACAGAGAAACUUGUGUUUCCCAUUGUGAUACGAUGGAUUCAUUUUAAGGUCACAAGAAGCAAGAUGGAAGUCAACGGUGUACUGAAAGCGGUUGUUACUCCCGAAGACUUUCAUGUGAUCACCAAGGGUGUCAAACUGAAUGAGAGUGACCUCUAUUUCAGACUUCUAACAGAACCCAAGAAAGGGCAGCUAUUUCUCAUUGAUAAAGUUCUAAAAAAGGACUCGACUUUCAGCCAGAAGAAUAUCACAGAUGGCUUAGUGACGUAUGAAUUGUUCGCGAAGCUGCUCAAUGACACGAGAGACAUUUGUAGCUUUCAGGCAUUUUCCACGCUGGCCAACUCAACAAGCCAUGACUUCAGAAUUCACAUCAGAGCCGAGUCAACUGACUUCACCAUCGUAAAUAAAGGCCUUUCAGUCGUGGAAGGUGGAAGUAAAGUCAUUACGAAAAGUAUUCUCUUCAUUAACACAGUGAGUAACCGCGAGGUCCACUAUAGCAUUACGGCGCAUCCAAGGCACGGCCAAAUAAGAAGGACCAACCUCUCCAACUUAACCUCCAUUGACAACAAAAUUCUAGCUUUCACCAAUCAGGAUAUCAUUGAGGAAAAGGUGAUGUAUGUUCAUGAUGACAGCGAGACCAAGCAGGAUUCCUUCGCUUUUCAAAUUGUGGUUUACAAAACAACCAGACUCAACGGCAGAAAGGAGGAAAGAAACACAGUGGAACACACCGUAAACGUCUCCAUCCAACUCGUCAAUGAUCAGCGACCUGUCAGGGUUGUUGAUAAAGUUUUCCAUGUGGCCCGAGAUGGCCAGAGAUUGGUGACUUUGAAUGACCUUUGUUACCGGGACGAUGACUCGGACUUUGAGGAUGACUGGUUGGUGUACACUCGGAGGGGGAUUCCGAUGGGGGAGCUGGUCUUGGCCGGUGCACCCAAUCACAAACUCUACGAGUUCACACAGCGAGAUCUCAAGCAGAAAAAUGUGCUGUUUGUACACAGUGGAGUCAGCUUUGGUCGUUUCGUCUUUUUUGUGUCAGAUGGGAAACAUUAUGUUUCUACCUUAAUGGAGGUGAAGGCGCAGGAUCCUUACCUUGAAGUCCAGAACAACACAGGUCUCAUGGUCCAGCAGGGCGGCAUAACAACUCUUACCUCAUAUAACCUCAGCGUUUCCAGCAACCUGGACAUCCGAGAUCCGCAGCAAAUCACGUUUGAGGUCUUCCUUCCACCCAAACAUGGAGUUCUCCAUUUUAAGGAUGGCGAAGCUGCAGCAGUGCCAGGUGCCGUUUCAUCAUUCAGCCAGGAAGAUCUGGAGAUGAAGUUCUUGGUAUAUCACCAUGAUGGCAGCCAUGAGUCAGCCGAUGGUUUUAAUAUCACUGCAAGAGCAAGGGAGAAAAGCGGAGAUGGAAGGUCGGAUGAUUGGCGGAGGGAGGUCCAUCUGGACAUUGGAGUUCAGAUAAAAAUCUACCUCGAAAGUCAUCAGAGGCCACCAACAGUCCUCAACAAUCAUCCAGUGGUGGUUGCGGAGGGACACAAUGUUUCCUUAAACAAGGGCAAUUUAGAGGUGUUCCAUGAGGACAGCCAGCCUUCAGAGAUAAUCUUCACCAUCCAAAAUCCUCCAACCCUCGGCUUCAUCGAAAGGUUUUCCCCUGAGAAAAAGCGUCGGGCAAAAAAUGGUGGACGGCAGCAUCUCUUCCAGGCAUUCAGAUGGCAGCCAACAACCUCUUUCACCCAGGAGGACAUCAACAAGGGUUUGGUUAUCUACCGGCAGAGGGCUACGGGAAGCAGCAGCAAUGACUCUGUUCUGUUGGAGGCCACCAAUGGGCUAACCAAGGUUGGACCCAUUAGACUGGAAAUUGAUAUUAUUCCCAGACUGCUGCCACUAAAGGUGUCUGACCUGACCUUGGAUGAGGGGUCGUCCCUGCCGCUGACGCCUGACAUCAUCAUGGUAGACAGUCAUCACUUCUCAGUGAUGAAUUUCCUCUAUCAGAUUAUUGUUCCUCCACGACACGGUCACUUGGAGCACAUUCGGAUCCCAGGAAUGCCCAUCACUGCAUUCACGCACACUGAGGUGGAACGUGAGUACAUUUCCUAUAUCCACGAUGGCACUGACACAGUGAGAGACAACUUCACCAUCAUGGCGAACCAGACAGAGAACCAGAAGCACAGUCUUCCCUGCGUUGUCCAUAUCAAUGUCAUGCCUGUCAAUGAUGAGACACCUGUUGUUACAAGGAACCAAGGUCUGAAGGUUUGGGUGGGUUCUGUGACAGAAAUCUCCGUGGACGAUCUAAGCGCGGAGGAUGCCGACACUCCGCCCAAGUUGCUCGAGUUCAUCGUCACACCACCCAGUAAUGGCUACCUCACUCUAAGGAGUUUCCCCUCCAAACACAUCCUGAACUUCACGCAGAGUCAUAUUGAAAAUGGCCAGCUGGUCUUUGUGCACAGUGGUGCUUUGUCCGGAGGUUUCCACUUCCAAGUUAAUGAUGGAGUGAAUUUUGCCCCUCGCCAGAUCUUCAGCACUACGGCUCAUUCUCUCGUGCUUAUGCUCGAAAGGAACCGCCCACUUGAGGUGUACCCAGGUUCAGUGACCCCGAUUUCUCAGCAAGAGCUUCAAGUGGUGACCAACGACUCAAUUGAUGUCGCAAAAAAACACACCGUGGAGUUUACAGUGACUGUUCCUCCGAAACAUGGCCGCUUGCUCCGUCACAUGCCUGACAACUCUACUCAGAACAUUUCGAGAUUCACACAGAGCAUGGUGAAUUCGGGGGUUAUAUUGUAUGAUCAGAACAAGCCAGAUUCAGCGGGAUGGUUGGCUGCGGACACAUUUUCUUUCACUGUGUCUUCUCCUCCUGCCUCCCUCCCACCAACCACCUUCACAAUCUUGAUCUCCUACCAAGCAAACAACCGUCACAAUCACCAUGAUACCAGACUCUCCAACAAUGCAGGUGCUGUGGUGUCAGAAGGUGGCAGGGUUACAAUUGACCAAUCGAAACUGGAUGCCUCUAAUCUCCUGGAGAAAGUGCCCAAGCCCCUCCAGAAAAGCCAUCAGGUCGUUUACCGUGUUAUUUCCCUGCCACAACACGGAGCUUUGUCAAUCCAAGGACGCAAUCUCACCAGAGACCAACCGGAUUUCUCUCAGAUCACUCUGAACAAGUCUGGCAUCGCAUACAUCCACGAUGACUCCGAGACCACGAGUGACAGCUUCACUUUUCAGGCCUGGGUGGCCCCUCUGGAUGCCUCCUUGUCUUUAUCUCCAUCUCACUUGUCCGCUUUUCCCUCGGAUUCCUCCUCGUUGCCAUUCUAUUCGGCCUCGUCCUCCCUUUCGCCGGUCGACUUGCUGCCUCCUGACCACGUCAAGGACAGCCUGACUGUGAUGGAGACUUUUAACAUCACAGUAACGCCGGUCAAUGACCAGCCGCCAUUGCUUAGGAACAGAUCCCCGAGUAUGAAAGUUGUAGUUGGGGAAAGAGUAGUUCUUGGACCAGAGAGUUUGCAGGUUGAAGAUCAUGACACCCCUCCAGAGGAGCUGCAUUACCUUGUGAUCAGCGAGCCCAACAACGGCUACCUGACACUGGGCGAAAGACCGGAACCUGUAACGUCUUUUACGCAGUAUGAUGUCAACCGCGGCCGGCUGCAUUUUAUACAGCAGGGUGAGCCAUCAACUGGAGUUUUCUACUUUAACGUCACUGAUGGGCAUCAUCGUCCACUCUACAAACUGUUCAGUUUGGAGGUGAUUAAGCCCUCCGUUUCCAUUGUGAACAACACCGGCCUAUCACUGGUUCAAGGCAGGACCGCAGUGAUCCUGACGACCGACCAGCUGGCUGCUCAAACAAACAGUCGCACCGAAGCCAACAUCACCUAUACGGUCACCGCACACCCUCGUCACGGACGCAUCGCAAUCAACGACCAGGAAGUCAUGACCUUCUUCCAUGAGGAUCUCCAAUAUGGCCGCGUUGUCUAUCACAUGACUGAUCUUAGCGAGUCGGAGGACAGCUUUCAGAUCUCCGUGUCGGCCUCGGCGCCGGGUGUCGAGUAUGGAAACGUGAGUGCCCAGACGGUGAGGGUAGUAGUGCGACCUCUCAUCUAUCUGCGAGAACCAGUGAGAGUCCCCAGUGGCAUUGCUGUGAAACUGGGGAAAUCCAUGAUGGAUGCUUCCGAACUGGCGAGAAUCAGCAGAGUCAAUCCGGUCUUCGAGGUUCUGUCCCCACCGAAACAUGGGAAACUAGUUAAGAUGUCAUAUGACCCCAACGGAGCCCCAGAAGUCCUAAAGUCGUUUACGUUCCGUGACGUGGUUCAAGGACGAGUUGCCAUUGAGGAGACACUGAGCGACAACGACGGUCCACUCCCGAAGAACAAAUCCGUGCUCGUGACGUCUCGAGGCCACGCCCCUGCCACGCCUCUCAAUGAUUCAUUCGUCUUCAUGUUGAAAGCGGGAAACGUCCAGCCGGCCAAAGGUGAGCUUCACUUCACCAUUUUACCCCACCACCAAAUGCGUCAUGGCCUGCCUAGCUCGAAAAAAGCGGACGGUGUGAGGAGUGAACAUAAGAUGACGCGCCUGCCCACACGGAACAAGACCACCACAGCAGGAGGUAUAGGAGGGGCGGGGAAGGGAGCCCCGACAUCCGGCAGGGCAGAAGUGGAUUUACACCCUCACAUACUGACACCCAAGAACCACAAUAAGACACACCAUAGACAGAGACUUCACCACCGCACAGCAAAUCACAAGCGGGGUGGGAGUCAUGGCAGCCGGUCAGGGAGUGAUGUGGAUGAACCAAUGUGGCGACGCGGAUCCCCAGCGCAGACUCGCCCUCCCUCCGAGCCAGAACACGGUCCAGCAAAGCCUCCUGACACCCGUCCCGUUCACGUGGAGGUCCUCCCUCGACCCGCCUCAGACCCUCUACUCAUCAUCCUGCCGCUGCUGGCCUGUUUGUUCCUCAUCGUCAUCCUCGUGGUGUUAAUUCUGGUGUUUCGACACAGAAAGGAAAAGCAGGCCAGGAUGCGUCUUCUUCAGGAGCUGGCCGCGUUGCACUUACCCACCGAGGGUAGCCCAUACUUGGGCCGGCCGGAGCAAAGCGUGGCCGUGCCGUCCGUGGUGGUCACCCCGCUUGGUGCUGCCAGUUGUCCCGCCUCACCUCGGGUACCAGAAGGCCCCAGGAGGCGGAGUCUGGCCCCUGGCAUGACCUUCUGGGGGCCAUUUGAUGCUGAAGCUACAAGCAGUGAUGAGAAUAUGAGAGGUUGUGAAAGUAAUGAAAGAGAGAGAGUUUUUGGCAGAAAUUCAUUACCGCUCAUCUCUGUAGAAUUCAAGACCUCUCGCAGGUCUAAAUCUCCCACUCCAAUGCUGAAAGACGACCAGUAUUGGGUUUGAUUGAAGUAUGGUGUUCCCUUAUUUGCUGAAUUUGGCGAGGAAUAUUUCCUCUUGAGCUUAAAAACUCACCUAUUUGCUGUUUCUGCGGUCAGGUCAAAUACUUGUCUAAUAUACAAGUACAGUGCUACUUUGGCGCCAUAAUGACUUCUUGCUGCCAAAGAACUAAGUAAGAGGAGGAGCUUCAUUGUCAGGCCAAAGCACUGUUGAAUAGAAAAGUAGUGAUCCCCAUCAUCUUGUGGGCCCGAUCAACAAUUACAAUCCUUUGUUGGGAAAGUGUCAAUUUACUAUUCGUGGCAGUGCUCCAUCCCCAUCCCCUGUGGAAUAUGAAGCAACAGGUUACUGGGAAUCAAAACAAACUGUGCCUUCGAGGUGUACACUUUGCAGUAUUGAAUAAGACACAUGUAAUUUAUGCAUGUUUUCAAGAUGUGUAUUCAUUCUGUUUGCUUUAAAAACAUUAAUUUUCCUCUCAUGCCAUGUAGCCCAAAUCUUACAAACAGCUCUCAGUAUGAUGCGGUGCAGUUAACCACAGUUGCACACUACAACCGCAAUAAUAAACAAAAUAUUCAGUUUGUAUUUGUUCUUGAGCAUAUUUUAAUUGUAUAUUGUAUUUGUUUUGUUGUAUUGGUUUGUCCAUCUGAACAGGUUAUCCUAUCGAGGGUCAGUUUAGAAAUAUCCAUCCAUCCAUUUUCUAAUCCGUUUAUUCUCACAACGGUCAACGAAGAUGAACAACCAACCGCACUCACACUCACACCUAGGGACAAUUUAAUGUGUUCCAUAAACCCGCCA